ACCGUUAGCUUUCGCGGAAUCCGUUCGCACGUUUUCUCGCUCCCUUUCUCGAUAAGUUUUCCCCCGUCGCUUUCCCCCCUCGUUCAUGCAACUCCCUCGUCACCACUCAACGCUCUACGGGCCAUGGAAACCGCCACGGAACCGCCAUCCGAUCUCCCAACCGACGGCGGCCCUGAUCCCCUGACCCCCAGUCUCGCCGCCGCCGCCGCCGCCGCCGCCGCCGCCGCCGCCGCCGCCGCCGCCGCCGCCGAUAAUGACCUCCUCUCCGGGCUCGAGUCCGGCCGCGACUCGCUCCGGGACCUCCGAUUGGAGUCGGCGGCCAUGGAGGAGGACUUGGUUCUCGCCCAGCGGCAGCGAGUCGAACGAUCGGCCGAGCCGCGAGAUUGAGCGAAACCGUCGAUGGCUUGUCGAGCGAGAGGGACUCGCUCCGCGGCAGAACCUUUUUCGGGCCGGGCCAGAAGUCCCAAGCCCGAAAUGUCCGGGUCGGGCUAAGCUCUCGCGAGUAGCAAACUCGCAGAAUUCUGUCGGCUUGGCGUGACGAGGAAUCUCUCCAUCGCAGGUUCUCAAUCUCGACUCGGACAGCUCGGUUCGUCGGCGGUCUCGCCCUCGCUUAGGGAAAGCAUGAAUCCAAGUAUUGGAACCAAAACCGAGCUGUUGAAAUCUCUUGUGGUCUCAACUGGACCUUGUAGUCGGAAUCCGCAUAAGUCUGGUUCUUAUCAAUGCAAGAUGCCCUUAGACUUAACCUCUAGGAAAUUUCUGCUUCUACCAAUGAAUUAUGGAGGAACACAAGCUAGAGCGCGUGCAAAGAAUGUUUUUAGGAAGUAUAGCACAAGUGCAAAAAUGGCUGAAAGUCUUACAUACAAGGAUGCUGGUGUGGAUAUAGAUGCUGGAUCAGAGCUUGUUAGGAGAAUUGCGAAAAUGGCCCCUGGAAUUGGAGGCUUUGGAGGUCUUUUCCCUCUUGGGGAUUCGUACCUUGUAGCUGGUACAGAUGGUGUUGGGACUAAAUUGAAACUUGCAUUUGAAACUGGGAUCCAUGAAACGAUUGGAAUCGACUUGGUUGCGAUGAGUGUGAACGACAUUGUUACUUCUGGAGCGAAACCAUUGUUUUUCCUCGAUUACUUUGCAACAAGCCAUCUUGAUGUUGACCUUGCUGAAAAGGUUGUAAAGGGCAUUGUGGAUGGCUGUCAGCAAGCUGACUGUACUCUUUUGGGAGGAGAGACUGCAGAAAUGCCUGAUUUCUAUGCAGAAGGCGAAUACGAUAUCAGUGGCUUUGCUGUUGGCAUAGUGAAGAAGGAUUCUGUUAUAGAUGGAAAAGACAUUGUUGCUGGUGAUGUGCUCAUUGGCUUGCCGUCAAGUGGGGUGCAUUCGAAUGGUUUCUCUCUUGUCAGAAGAGUUUUGGCCCGAAGUGAUCUUUCCUUGACAGACCAGCUUCCUGGUGAGGCUGUGACGGUGGGUGAAGCUUUGAUGGCUCCUACUGUUAUUUAUGUCAAUCAGGUUCUUAACCUUAUCAACAAGGGAGGUAUCAAAGGAAUAGCCCACAUUACUGGUGGUGGGUUUACCGAUAACAUACCACGAGUAUUCCCCAAAGGCCUUGGUGCCACCAUCUAUGGCGACUCCUGGGUGGUUCCUCCACUAUUUAAGUGGAUUCAAAAGGUGGGAAACAUAGAAGAUUCUGAGAUGAGGCGGACCUUCAAUAUGGGCAUUGGGAUGGUUUUGGUGGUUAGCCCUGAAGCUGCCCUUCGGAUACUGGGUGAUAAUGAGAUAACGGCAUAUCGCAUUGGUGAUGUGGUUAAUGGUGAAGGGGUGAGGUACUGCUAAGAACAAUUCUGUACCCUUCUAAGAUAUGUUGUAUGUUUUCAUCAUUGUACUAUAAGGAAUGAGUUAUACAAUGAUGUAAGGCCCUUUUCCCCCUACUAGAUGUGCAUGAUUGACUUGUGAAAAGAUUAAGAAAAUGCUAAUCUUUUUGGGUUGGGGGAAUUCUAGUUGUGCUAAAUCUUUUCAAAGCAAUUUUAAUUCUUGAGCUGAAUUUUGAUC